GGGCUCAGCGCAAUCCCGGAAGGUGUUCGAACAGAAAGUCAAGAAUCAAAUACCGAAGGAAUGAAGGAAAUUUUUCGGGACUAAUUCUUAAAUUCUACCCAGUAAUAAGGCUUUAUUCUUGGAUCACAACACUACAAGACUCAUGGGGAAGUGCUUGUCGAAGAAGAGUAGCGCAGUCCCAAAAGAAGACAGCGGAAACGAAAACAAACCCAUCGAUGAGAAUGAAAUUAUUGUGGAAAGUAAGCGUUACACUCCAAAUCCUCAACCCGUUCAACUACCUAUUCCUCCAGAACCAGAACCUCCUUCUCCAAAGACAGCUAUGUACUUAGCUUUGUACGACUACGACGAGAGGACACACGAAGAUCUGAGUUUUAAAAAAGGCGAAAUCCUCGAAGUGAAUGUUGAAGAUUUAGGAGCAGAUUGGUGGCGGGCGAAGUCGAAAGAAACCGGAGCUGAAGGUUUCAUUCCAAGCAAUUAUGUGGCUCCGAUGGCAACCUUAGAAGCUGAGGCUUGGUACUAUGGUGUGAUUAAGCGACCAGAAGCAGAAAAAAUCCUGCUUGCCGAACAAAAUGAAGACGGCGCCUUCUUAAUAAGAGACAGCAGCAAAGGAUUGUUUGCCUUGUCCAUGCGAGAUGGUAACCAGAUUAAGCAUUAUCGUAUCCGUAAGAGUGAUGAUGGAGGGUUCUUCAUAGCUCGUGCUAAUGUGUUUAGUACUCUGAAUGAACUAGUGGAUCACUAUCAUGAAAAGUCUGAUGGACUUUGUGGCUUGCUCAAGAAACCAUGCGAAAGGAUUGAGAAACCACAAACUAUGGGUCUUUCAUACAACACAGCCGACCAGUGGGAGAUAGCAAGGGAAUCACUUCAAUUGACAAAAAGACUUGGAGCUGGAAACUUUGGAGAGGUAUGGCAAGGUAUUUGGAAUGAGACUACUCCUGUUGCAGUUAAGACACUCAAAGAGGGAACGAUGAGGCCAGAAGCCUUCCUUGCCGAAGCUGAAAUCAUGAAAAAACUCAUCCACCAACGGCUUGUUCAGCUAUAUGCUGUUUGCUCACGAGAUGAGCCAAUUUACAUUGUCACCGAGCUGAUGCCCAAAGGAGCUCUUUUGGAGUACCUUCGCAGUGAUGAUGGGCGAGCUCUUCAGAUAAAUAUCCUCAUUGACAUGGGAGCACAGAUAGCUGAGGGUAUGGCCUUCCUUGAGAAAUAUGGCUAUGUUCACAGAGAUCUUGCUGCAAGGAACAUUCUUGUUGGUAAUAACAAUAAUGUGAAGGUUGCUGACUUUGGUCUCUCUCGACUGAUCGACGAGGAUAUCUACUGUGCUCAAGAGGGUGCCAAAUUCCCUAUCAAGUGGACAGCUCCAGAGGCCUGCCUAAAAGGACAGUUUUCUAUCAAGUCAGACGUUUGGUCAUUUGGAAUUCUUCUCACAGAGCUUGUGACUUAUGGACGAAUACCAUACCCAGGAAUGGCCAAUAGAGAGGUUGUUGAACAAGUUGAACGUGGUUACCGAAUGCCAAGACCUGCCAACUGCCCAGAAAGGCUUUACGAUAUCAUGAAAGAUUGUUGGAAAAAGGAUGAAAUGGCUCGACCAACCUUUGAGACUCUACAAUGGCAACUUGAGGAGUUCUUCCAGUCUGACCCAACACAGUACAAAGAAUUGGACCAAUCUUAAAUCAGGGUUGAGAUAUAAAUGUAUCCUUAUAUUUGGGUUAUUUUAUCCUUGUUAGGAUCAAAUAUUUUAAAUAACGAAUGGAGGAAGAAAACGUUGUAUUAUUUCAAUGCAAAUGGUUUGUUAUAAAUACACUCAUCAAGCUCACUCUAGAUAGAUGCAGGGAAAAGGUUAGUAACAAACUAAUACCAGUAAUCAAAAUUAAGCAAUUUUACAUACUAUAUAAUGAAAAUAAAUUAAGCACUUUUCAAAUCAUUCAUAUUCACCAGUAUCGUACUGAGAAUAUAAUUUUUCAUCAUUUAAUUAUUACAUUUGAUGUAAUAAUUAAAAAAUAGCUAAUUGGUUCUAAAGGUUGACAAGCUGAUCAGAUCAACGAAUAAAUGAAUCUUUGAGAUACGGUGCUCAAUACUGGAGUUUUCGCGCAUAGCAAAACUAUAGUUUAUCAUGUGCGGAAACUCCAGCCUCGGCUAGGAACUAUUAUUCGUGGUCACUGAAUUGAACUGUAAAAUGGAGUAUUAUUCACAAUACCAAAAUAAUUUUACAUCCAUAUUAUAAUGAUGUGACACAUGAUAAGCAAAAAUGUUCUCAAGGUUGGAUUUUUGGCAUCUGCCAAUCAAAUCUUUUGAGGUACAACUUUGUAAUUUGAUUGGUUUUGUAUGGUCACAUGGUUAUGAGAUGGGUGGAGUGAAUUUUUUUCAGCAUUGUUAUAGACUAUUAAUUAAUAUACAUAUAUUUUAAUAUUUUGUUUAGCAUUAUGAUGUAGAAUUAGAUCUUUAAUUAUUUCCACGUCAAUUAUUUGUCACGUUUUUGGACUAUUACAAUGGCCUGUAUGCUAAGUCUAGCUCGGCCAUACAAUCUAUACAAUAUUGGUAAUAGAUAGCUAAAUUGUGCAUAGUUGCAUCAUGACUACCAUAUUGUUGAACAUUCAUGACAAAUAAACAAUAGAGAUUUUCACCUUUGAGAAAUGAAUUCUCUUUUAAUACAAUAUUCUAAAACUUUGGAGUUUCCUAGCUUGUCAUGAAAGCCUUCCGUACAAGAUAGUUUUAUAUCAUUUACAAAAAUAAAUUGGGUCAUUACUAAAGUACUGUUAUUGGUAUUGAUACCAAAAGUCAUUUAAUGAAUACUUGAAAAAUGAUAUGUUACUAAUGAAUGGGCAAUAUAUUUUUACCAAAAAUUAACACACUUUGUACAAAAUCCUUUGCUGAUGCGAUGACAAAAUUGUUAUUGCUAGAAGCUUGCAUGUGUAAAUCAAAUUCUAAUAUGAAUAAUAUUUUAUACUUUUUGUAGUAAAAAAGCAAGUAAUUAUUAUGCAAUUCUAUUAGAGUGCUUUUCAUAAACCCGUGAAACAAAAUUUAGCUAUUAACUCAUAUUAAUGCAUAUUAAUGUGUAAUAGUGGUUAUUAGUGACACAACUAAAUAUAACAGUGAAAGUUUAUUGACUGUAUUUUUAUUGCUUCGUUGUUUAAAGUCUAAUGGGUAAUAACUUGUGCUAGUUUGUAUUGAUGAUUAUUACGCUAACAUUUAUUUCACGGGUUUAUGAAAAUCACUCGUGAAUAAUAUUGCAAGUAAUACAGAUAAUAUUUAGAAAGGCAAACCAAUGCAAAAUGGAAAGAAUGUACGCACUUGGAAAUUAUCAUACUCUUUUUAUAAAUUAUCUGGAAGUUAUGCAUGUAGCCAAAAGAAGGCAACUACAUGCAAUGCAGCUGUUGUUGUUACUGUUGACAACCUUCCAUAAUGUUGGUCACUCAUGAAAAGCAAAUCAUUUGUUCCAACUAAUUUAAUUUUAACAAAUGUUACCAUUGGUUAAUUGAACAUUCAGUCAACAUUUGUAUCAAUUCUAAAGCUAUAUGAUAUAUCAUUGUAUGUAUAUAUACAUAUAUGUAUAUAUAUAUAUAUACACUCGAUUGCAGAAACGUUGUAGUAUA